AUGAGAAAAGAAAAACUGAGAACGUAUUUUACUGCAGCUCCCUUGGGUUCUAUACCUGAAUUACCGGCGCUGUCCUGUCUCGAAAUAAAGGCGAGUGAAGGAAACGAAAGUAUAAGCGGCAACUUUUGGCUGGAUCCGACUGGUACUGGGAAUGCCGUUUUGAUUGACUGUGACAUGGCUAGCGGGGAUAUGGAUGAAUGUAAAUCUGACAUCAGUGACUGCGAUGUGAAUGCAAACUGCACUAACACGGACGGUUCUUACAAAUGCAAAUGUAAAGCUGGAUACGCUGGUGAUGGACACUCUUGUUCAGAUAUCAAUGAAUGUAACAAUGGAAGCCAUUCGUGUGAUGUGAAUGCAAACUGUGAAAACACGAAUGGCUCUCACAACUGCAUCUGUAAGGAAGGAUACAUUGGGGAUGGACAAUCGUGCCAAGAUAUGAACGAAUGUAAAAGAAACCAACCUUGCGACGUGAAUGCGAUCUGCACAAACACCGAAGGAUCGUAUGUUUGUACUUGUCACCCUGGAUAUACUGGAAAUGGACUCAGCUGUACAGACAUUAACGAAUGCAGUGAAGCUCAUGCCGUUAAGUUGAACAAAUGUCAUCCGAAUGCCUCUUGCAUUAAUACUAAGGGCUCAUACAACUGUCAGUGCAAUCCUACUUACACUGGAAAUGGUUUCAAAUGUAAAGCCAACCCAUGCUAUCAUUAUCAAAGCUUGAGUGAUGCCAGUAGAAAGAGCAGUUACAAAACACCCCAGUACCAAGAGGUGUGUGACGACCAACUCCCUGAGGAAUGGUAUCGCUUUGUGGGAGCUGCAGGAACUAAAAUGCCAACAACACGUGUGCCAGCAUUCAGAUGUGGUACAAACUGGCCAGGCUGGUUGGAUGGUGUUCAUCCUACAGUGGAAGAUGGUAAAGUGAACAGGAAGGUCUGCUUUAGUGAUAUUAAUUCUGAUUGUAAAGCCAUAAAGAAUAUUUCUGUGAUAAACUGUGGAUCUUACUUUAUCUACAAACUUUUCAGGCCACCAGAUUGUUUUAUGCGUUACUGUGCUACAGAUUGA